AUGUCGCGCUGGGGCAGAGGCCGAAGCGGUAGCGUGGCUGUGCCGCUGGACAGUGCAUUAUUUAGAGAAAACAGUAAUUGCCCUACAGCAGCCCGAUCGGCAGGGACGGUUGGCAAGUGGGGAAUUACUAGUUUUACUUCGAUAAGGAGCGCCCCUUACGCAUAUCAAAGUACCAUACAUAAAAAGUCAAUACAGGAUCAAAACAGUCCUCUGACUGUUCCCGCUGUGGAAACAGAGCAACCUCCACCCAAACCUAAGAAGUUUUUUAAAUCUCGUAAUGCUGAGUUAUAUCCACCUGUACCACAGAUUACUUACGCUCCACCGGUAAGUGCUGCACCCCUCUCACCCGAACACUCAAAUACUAAAGAAAAAAGGACAAAUAAAAGGGGCAGAUACAACAGAGAUUCCUCUUCACCUGAAUUACCCAGACGCAACUCUGAGAAAGGAAAAUCUAGAAGAGGCUUACAAACAAAAGCUGCCAAGAAGGAAGAUCAGUCAAACGAUAGUUCACAACCACCAAAUAAAAGAUAUCUGGUUCGUAAUCGUGACAAGGUAAUUAAUUAUGCCGAAGAUGGAAGUAAUAGCCCAAUACCAGAAUUGACUCGUUAUGAAUCAUUAUCUCACAAGGCACUUUCACCCAAAGCUAGCCCUUUAGUAAAAUGCCCAUCUCCCGUAAAAUCUGAGGUUGCAAGUCCUUCUACAAGUAAAGAUUCAAAUGAAGAAAGAAAACCACCACCUAUUGUGCUCAGAAUAUCUAAAGGAACUUCAAGAAUUGUAAGUACUGAUUCCAAUGAGGGGUUGACAUCACCUAGUUCAGAUAGACAUUCAUCACUGGACACUCAUUUAGAUAUCAGUACUGGUUCUGAUGCUAAACGGAGUCCCACUGCAGAUUCAAUAUGUUCACCAAAACAAGAGGGUUUAAAGAUAACUAUAAAAUGUUCUGGUAUUAAUCAAGAGACAAAAAAAGAGAAGAAGAAGGACAAAAAAGAACAUAAAUCUCAUAAACGACAUCAUAAAAACACUGAUGAUGAAUCUUCUAAGAAAGCUUCAUCUCCUCUACCUGGGUCAGAUACUUAUGAUCUAUACAAAACAUUGGCGUCACCUACAAGUGAAUCUGACAAGGAAUCUUGUAACAAUAAACAAAUGGAUUAUAUAGAGUCUCAACUGGCUCAACUUGAUUCUACAAGUACAGUAAAUAAGACUGUGGAGACUGAAAAGCAUCAUAAAGAACUCACACCCGAGCCUAAACCGCCUGAGAGUACCGCAGGAAGAUCUAGGAGAAAUAGGCCGAAUAUAAAUUAUAGUGAAAAUGAUGAUGAUGUUUAUUCUCUGUCAGCUAAACAACCCAGUAAACAUAUAACACGGACUGUUAGUGACUUGAAAAAAGAAGCUAAAAAGGGUAGACGGAAACAAGAAACCGUUGUAGAAUCCUCAAAUAUAACAUCCCCAGAAAAUCAUCAAGGAAUUGAUAAUGAACCUGAAUCUCACUUUGAACAGACUGAUUUAAUUGAUAUAUUAUCGGGUAACACCGACACUGGCAAGAUGGAAACAUUACCCAAAACAAAACUUAAUAAAAAACAAAAGAAUAAACAUAAACAUCAAAGUCCAGAAGUUGUUGAUAACCAGGAAGCAUUACCUAGUCAGGAAGAAAAUACUGCGGAGUCUGAAGAACAUUGUGCGGAGGAUCAGCCAAUGGAACCUGUUAUGCCCGAAUCAAUGGAUUCCCAAUUAAAUACACAGCAAUCAACAGAUUCGGCGUAUAACAGUUGUCCACAGGAAUUCUCCGAGGAUGAACCGCAGAAAAAUCAAGAUGAAGUUUUUGUUCCCCCUCAUGGAGUAGACACUGAAGAACCCCCCGUAGAAGACAAGCCAAGUGUUAAAUUAGUAAUAACCAAGAAGAAAGGUUCAAUAUUUAAGAGUAAAUCAUUGGUUAAUGAUAAUCCUUCACCAUUGCCUGCAAGAAAGAGACGUCAUCUUUACAAACAUGAAUGGGCUAAUGAGAAAGGUAAUGAAACACCAAGGCCUGAACAAUCAGAAAAUUCAGAGGUCAACAAUCAGGCUGCAGAUUCAAAAGACCUUUCAAGGGUUUCUGCUAUGGAUGAUCCAACCUUAGAUGAACCACUGAAACCAUAUAGCAGUAUGAGAGGUGCUAAGGAGUAUGAUACCGUUGUACACAAGGUUAAGAAGACAAGGUGUGCUCGUCAAAUGCAAGAAAUUGGUGAAAAUCAAGAAUUCAAUGAUGAUAUAGAAUACUUUUUGGACACACUACAGGACAACAAUCCUCUGUCGACGCGUUGCCUGUCAGCCAUCACUCUAGCCAGCAAGUGCACGGCCCCAGCCUUCAGGAUGCACCUGCGCGCGCACGGCACCGUACAGAAGUUCUUCAGUGCGCUCCACGACGCUACCAACGAUCAGAGUUUGGGUUUAUGUACAGCAACAGUUAUGUUUGUGUUAUCUCAAGAUAGAUUGAAUAUGGAUUUGGAUCGUGAGUCGCUCGAACUAAUGUUGAAUCUACUUGAGUCGGAUGUAUCACACAAAAACGCCCUUGACGACUGCGGUCUCACGUCAGCUCAACUCGCGAAGACGCAGGAGAGGGUUAGAGAAUUAUGUGCGGAAAUAAAGAGCAAGGGCAAAGCUAAACAUUUGGACUUAGAAAAUAUUACUGUGGGUCACUUAGCGAUGGAAACGCUUCUAUCGCUAACAUCUAAACGAGCUGGUGAAUGGUUCAAGGAAGAGCUUCGUAAUCUUGGCGGAGUGGACCACAUAGUGAGGACUAUACAAGACUGUGUGGCUGGUCUAGACUCACCAGCGGCGAAUUGGACCAACAGCGAGCUAGAUUUGUUAAGAAAAGCUGAUAGAUGUAUGAGAGUGUUGGAGAAUGUGACUCAGCAGAACGAAGCCAACCAGCAUCACCUAGUAUCAGGGUCGUUGGGCGCGGCGGGCACACUCUGUUCGUUGCUUCGUCGCUGCGCUUCAGACGCCCGCGCGUUGCCCGAACUACGCCCGCCUUUGUUAGACGCGGCUUUACCGGCUGUUAAGGUUCUCGUUAACCUAUCACAUUCCUUCGGCAUCGCCUCAUCAGCUCUAGGAGCGCAAGUGGUGGGAGAACAGGCAUCAGUGAUGGAUAUAUGUUUAAUAAUGCUUAACAAUCAAGGCAAUUUUAUACCAGAUGACAAGAACUUUGAAUUCAGUGUUUGUGUACUAAUGCUGUUAAUAAAUCUAGUACAAAACAACGAUAUUAACACACAAAGGCUGCUAAACGUUCGCAUUAGAAUUGACAAUGAACAUGACAUAAUAUCAAGAAGCGCGUCCGCACUGGAUCUUAUUGUUGACUUAUUCUACAAGAGAGUGGAACUAGCCAGGAUGGCUGAAGAAAAUACUGAUGCGUUAUUAGACGGUGAAAAAGAUGACAAAUCAGAUAAUGACAAAAAGAAGCAAUCGCAAGAUGACAUCGAAGAAACAGUAGCAAAAUUGUUAGCUCGUGCGGGUACACACAUGGAGCAUACUAUGGUUGGCGCGUAUCUUGCCUUGCUUUUAGGCAAUAUGGCGGUUGCGGCCCCUGCACACGCUUUAGCUGUUAGAACUAAAGUACCGAGAUAUGAACCUAUGCUGCCUACACUAAGGAAAUACUUCGACUUCCUAACACUAACCGCCAGUGCUGAAGCGGCGAUAGUGGCUCAUGUGAAAUCAACGCAGCGUAUUAUACAGUUUAUGGAGGCGAGUGAUAAAGAAAAUAUACAAGAAACAGCCGCAGCUCCGUACACUAAUUCUUACCCCUACUAUCAAACCUCACCGUCUGAUGUACCACAAGAUAUGUCGCUUAGUAAUUUAAAUUAUUCCAUGAAUUAUAGCGUAAAUAGCACUUCUAGUUCCGAUAGAAUGUCCAACUCUAUGGAAAUUGACGGCUACCAUUAA